CUGACCGCCCCUCCCUCCCCCUCCCGCCGCGCUCCGCACCCCUCCCCGCAGCACUCAGCAUCCCGCCUCCUGACAGACGGUGAGGACGGAUCGAAAGCCUUCAAGUACCAAACUUUAAGCGCGGACAUUAAGUACGCUAGUAGUAGCGGGGCGGCUCUCACCUUGCAGCUUCUUCUCAGUCUCCCAGAACUUCUGCAGCUCGGUGAAGUACUUGUCGAGGAUGAACACCUUGGACAGGCCGAGCGUGGCCAUGGCGGGCGGCGCGCUCGCAUCACACUCCGCGGCCGCGCCGCACUCAGCCGACAGCGGCGACCACUCUCACGCGCAGCUGUCCGCGGACUGACACUGACUGCCACACUCACACACCGCACACCGCACACCGCACACCCGCGGACCUGCUCGCCUGCACGCGGGCUCCUGGACGCGCUCCUCGGAGGUGGCGGCCAGUCUUUAACAUCGAUUCAGAAAGUUCCACUCACACUGGACGCUUCGGAACUAUUAUGA